AUGACCUGCUUUAAUUGGAUGCAUCUUUUAUCCGAUGAAGGCCAGAGAUGGAUCGAAUCCCGAACAGGAGAAAAAGUCCGCUUCGAGGAGCUAUGGGCCCUUGAUCUUCCUUGGGCCAACACGCGCCGACUUUACAUGGAAACCCUGAAUUCUGGCUCCAUUCAUGAACUUCCAAGUCGAUGUUCGGUGGAAGGCCACGCCAAGCAGUAUUUCUCAUCCUUUCAAAGUCUUGUCUUUCCUGUGAUCAGCAGGUCACUCUUUGAGAAGACCCUAGAUCUUGCGUACGGACCACGUAGCUCUUUUGGCUCAGCCAGUGCUAGGUCAUGUGUCUAUGCAUUUCUUGCUGUGGUGCAUCUUUUUGAGAUAGGGGACAACCUUCAGGAAUCUAUGGAUUGUGGGUACUUUGCCUCAGUGGCGCAGACCUUUAUGGUUCAGAUCACUCAAGAGAUGACAGUUGAUGGACUCCAAGCGGUCAUAAUGCUUAUUCUAUUCCAGUACUUCCUAGGAGAUUUACAGGCAGCAGCAGUAUCUGUAUCAAUCGCCGCCCGCCUCCUAUAUACACUUGGCGCUAAUACAAUGUCCGGUGUUAAUCCAUCUGGUUGUUCGCAUCCUUAUGACAAAGAUAUGGAGGAAUAUCAUUUGCGCGAUCUAUUCUGGGUGUGCUAUUCAUUCGACAAAGAUAUCUGUUUAAGAACCGGACAACCACCCGCGAUCAACGACAGUUAUUGCAACUUGACACUCCCAUCAGACUACGCGCGGCUACAGGACUCCAAUAUUCUACGAGAUAGCAUGUCAAUGGACAGCCACACUCUCCCUCUUUUCCCUUGGGAUCUUCGACUCUCAAAGAUCAAGUCCGAAGCAUACGAGGCUCUUUACUCUGCCGGUGCGCAACGCAAAUCCGACUCGGAGAUCUUGUCAAGUAUUCGGAAUCUUGACGAGGCACUGGAGCAGUGGAGGGUAUCUUUACACCCUGACUUCCGACCAACUUUGUCAUUUUCCCAAGAAAUGCCGGUUAGUGCGAACUUGAAUACGCAGGCAGUAAUGCUGCGACUUGCGUACUAUCACUGCGUUACCAUGAUCCACCAAGCGAGUGAAAGAGGCAGACUGUCAGAUGAUUGCACCGAGGGUAGACUUAGUGGGAUAAAUACUAGUAUCAGCCUGGCCAUCAAUGCUGGGACGUCAACACUGUCCUAUCUCCAGACAGUAUUACCAGUAGUGGAGGGGGAAUGCUUCUGGGUUGUCCUCUUCUACGCCAUAACUGCUAUCCUGACUCUCUUUCGCAAUAUCCUGCAUAACCCUCUUGGUCCUGAAGCUCACCACCACGUUCAUAUACUACGCGAAGUACCUGAUCUGAUUCGCAAAAUUCCCAUCCGAAAGCUCACACUGGGCGAAGUCAUCCACCUUAGAUUUCUGGAUGGUUUCACCACCGAACUGGCGAGGCUAGGUGCAUGCGCUAUCUCCCAAGUGCAACAAGAGGCGACAGGCCCCUCUCACAAAUACUUCGUCCAAAACUAA